AUGCUUGGUAACAAUGUGGGCUUGGUAGGUCUUCUGCGGAGCGAUCCCACCAUUCCAGAUUUUCUCUCAUUUCAUUGCAUUAUCCAUCGCGAGCACCUGGUGGCAAAGCAUUUCAGCUACAAAGACGUUAUAAGCACCGUCCUUCGAGUCGUCAACUACAUACGAUCAAAUGCAAAAACCCAUCGGCAAUUCCGCAACUUCCUCGAAGAACUGGUACUUCAUGAAGCGCCCAACGACGUUUCGUUUUUUUGUGCGGUACGCUGGCUGUCACUGAGCAACGUACUAUCAAGGUUUGUGGAUCUCCUUAAGCCAAUUCAAGCUUUUCUGGAGGCGAAAGAGAAGCCAUGUCCUGAACUUCAUGACGCAGGUUGGUGUGUUGAUCUCGGUUACCUCACUGACGUAGUUCAGCACCUUAAAACUCUAAACAUGUCGCUGCAAAGGAAAGAAAAAAUAGUAUCGAAAUUCGCCCAAACAGUCUUCAGCUUCCAAAACAAGCUAAAACGUUUUCAAAACGACCUGAAAACAAAGCGCCUGAUCCACUUCCCGCAGCUGAAGAUCAUGCUGGAUGCAGAACCCGAGUUUGAGCUGACCGAUGCUAAGCUCAGGGAAUAUUUCGUAAAGCUCGAGGAACUCGAGAGGGACUUUCAUUCCCGGUUCAAAGAUAUGCACCAACUCAAGCCCUGUUUUGCCCUUCUGAUGAAUCCUUUUAUGGUUGAUGUGUUGAGUGUCGACUGUCCAGCCAUGAAAAACUUGGCAGGAGAUGUAGGAGCGUUGGAACUGGAACUGCUUGAACUACAAGAAGACGAAGGGCUGAAGACGUUCCUGCAGUCUCAGAAAAUUGCAGUAUUCUGGGGGCAGGUGCCAAAAGCAAGGUAUCCCCACGUCAAGCUCGCGGGCCAGAAACUCCUCUCCAUAUUUGGAUCAACCUACUGCUGCGAGGUUGUGUUCUCAACAAUUAAAGCGGUGAAGUCAAAACAGCGCGCGACUCUUACGGACGACCACCUGACUGAGCUGCUCCGGAGCGCAACGACGUCGUUCGAGCCGAACUUCAAGCGGCUUGUUUUAUGA